AUACUUCAAUCUCCCUUUCCAGCUCUGUUAAGAAAUAAGAUGGGCAACUCUGCACUUCUUUUCUCGAUUCUUUGCCUGGGUUUUAGUCAGUUGAUUUGCAUGCAGGCCAAUGCCCAGCCUACCAAUGGGUUUACCGAUGUUCCUCUAUCUCAGUCAAAUUUCGAGCUGCAAAAGCCUUAUGAUUUGUCCCCAAGCGACCGAUACAGUUUCAACAAUGGCGUCCACAGAUUCUGGGUGUAUUCCACAGACAAGCCCCAUACCCCAAGUAGCCAAACUAGACCACGCUGUGAAAUCCGAAUUCGAGGCUAUGACUAUUCCUCCGGAGUUUGGCAAUUCGAGGGAGAGGCAUAUAUCCCAAGUGGAACAACUGCAACGUCGGUGAUGCAAGUCUUUGGUGGUUCUUUUCGUGCUACUACCGUCAUGCUCCGAGUCUACCAGGGCUCGCUCACCGUUUACAGGUCUCCGGUGGUGCUCUCAAAUGCGUACAACAGAUGGUUCAAAGUGAACGUAAUCCAUAACGUGGGUGCUUCCAAUGUCAAGGUUUACAUUGACGACGUUCUAAGAUAUGACGGGUCCGGUGCCGGAGGAAACUAUCAUUACUUCAAAUUUGGAGUUUAUGCAGAAGAAGGUGCCUCCAAUUACAUGGAGUCCCGUUGGAGGAGAAUCAGGGUUCUCAGGAGGAAUUAGUGGUUGCCGAAUUCCAUUAAACAAUAAUACUAAUAAUAGUAAGGAAGGCGUAUGAGCUAUUGAAGAUGAGGGAGAUCAUAUGAGAUAUCUCCCAACUUUUAUGAUUUAUCGUGCAACUUAAAAUUCAAUAGAGCAAUAAAAUCUACUCUUGCACCGUUAUGAAGCAAUCCGCCACCAAAAAUGGACCGAAUUUUUCACCCUCACACCCCCACUAUCCCAGAUUCAUAUGAAUGCAAGGACAUCCCACGAGUUUUUCCAAACUCACACGCUCUCCCACUGAUCCAUUUCUUGAUAUUGUUUCAUUCCUUUUCUCUCACCAACGUGAUGGGGUCACUGCUUUGAUCAAUUACUCAUCUGGGUUUCCAAGACUUUAUUCAAGGCUUUAUCCUUUAGUCCAAUCCAUUGCCUCUGAUCUCCACCAACUGGGUUUUUUCAAGGUGAUUUAGUCUUGCUUUUGUUGCCAAAUUUUGUUCACUUCCCCAUCAUGUUCUCGAGUGUUACAUAUUUAAGUGCUGUUGUUAGCAGCGUUAAUCCACUAAGUAGCAUGCUUGAGAUCAAGAAACAAAUUUCCAAUUGUGGUGUGCGUUUUGCUUUUUCUUCACUUGAAAAGAGUGACCAACUUCGGAACUCGGGUGUUCAUGCGAUUGGGGUACCAGAAAACAUAGAUUUAGAUUUAGAAAUAUAAUUCUUUUACCCUUUCCAUGAGCUUAUUGGGGGCCAAUUUGGUAAGGCGCCUAGGCCAAUAAUUAGGCAGAAAGACGCUACAACCAGGAA